AUGGAUCUGACUGGACUAGGUAUGGGAUCAGUAUAUUACCUUAAGGAGGCUAAAUUUAAAAAGAUUCUUAAAGAAGCAAAAACUAGAACUGAUACCUUAAAACAGGUGAAAAAUAAAAAUGAAUUUAGAAACAACUGCUUAAAUUUAGCUGAUUAUAUAAUUAAGGAAAAGACUGCACCACAACAUUUUAGCCAAAAUAAUUGGGAAAGAGCACUAAUAAAUUGGCUAAAACCUAAAUAUGAAGGUCUAAAAAAGUAUGGAGGAUGCCCUGUAAUAUUAAAAGAUAAUGAUAAAGAACUUUUAAAAUUAAAAUAUGAUGCAGAUGAUUUCUAUGAACAAAAAAUAAGAACGGAGAGAAAGCUGAAAGCUUUCGGAAAGAACCAAGAGGAUUCAUAUAUUUGUAAUAAUGAUGCUAAAUGUAAAAGUACAUGUAAGGAAUAUAAUGAGUGGAUUAAAAAUAGAGAGGAAUAUUUUAAGGAAAAGAAAAGCUUUAUUGAAAGAAAUUCAAAAAUUAAUAAUGCAAAUAUCUCUUUUCGUAAUCCAAUAAAUGACUUACUGAAUCCUGAAACAUUUAAUAUAUUUCCUAAAUGCUCAAUCUUGGAACCCCCAGAAAAUGGUCAACUGCAACCUGAAGAACAUGCAAAAGGUUCAGAAAAAGUUCAAACUGUAUCGGAAAGUCCAUCUGAAUUUCAAGAUCAAUCGGAUAAGGUAGUUGAAAUUCUACGAAAAGUAGAAACUGAAGUUGAACCGGUAUCUACAGGUGAAGAACAAUCGCAAUACCAAACAACGCCUCUAUCUGAGCCUUCAUCUAUGGAAAUAACAACUAACCAACCUAAAGAUUUACAAUCUGUAUCAGAUGAAAAAUCACAAAUUCUUGAAGGUCCUGAAACUGGAGAUCUAAGUUUACAAGGAGAUACGGCACCUUCUCCAAAAGUUCAAGUUUCAGGAAAAGCUGAAGAUAGUCGUGCUGCUUUUGGAAAUUCAUCACAAUUAAUUACGAAUUCCCCAUUUGUUGAUUCUUCCGAACUUCCUGAAAUUGAAGUAGGGCUACAUAAAAAAAAGAAAAAGAUAAAAAGAAAACAAGUGAAAUUUCUGAAAAUAAGGGUACCUUCAUAUUUUGACAGAAAAAGUGAAUUUUCAUCACAUGAUCAUUUGGAACAUCAAAUAUAUGAUGAUAAGGAAAUCAUAAAAAAAAUAAAAAUUCAUGAAAGUGACGUGAUAAAAAAUACAGAAGAAUUAAAGAGAAAAAAGGAGGGAUCAAAAACUAUUAUAGAAGUGCAUAUGGAAGUAUUAAAAAAAAUCAGAAAUGAUGAGUGGGAAUUUAACAAAGACGAAUUUUUAGAUAUAUGCCUAGAACAUUUCAAAAAAGAAGAAUAUAAAACUUAUCAUAAUUUAACAGAUGAUGAACUAAUGGAAAAUGUUCAAAAUAGAAAUGAUAUUGAAAAACAAAAAAUUUUAUGGAAUAAAUGGUUAGAAGAACACAGAAACAUAUCUGAUAAAUUAACAAGGGAAGAAUGGUUCAAUAAUUUGAAAAAUGAAUGGAAAAAAGAACUUUUUAUAAAAAAGAGUGAAGAAUUAAACUCAAACCUUUUAGAUGAAAUUUACAAAAUUCCAUAUCUCGAAAGAGAAAAAGAUUUAUGGAAGCAGUGGAUAUCAAAAAAUCGUUAUAUUAUAGAACAAUAUUUGGAAAAGGAUUGGUUUAAAGGUAAAGAUGAAAAACUCCAGAAUAUUUCAGAUAUAAUUGAAGCUCUAGGAAAUAACUAUGGUCUAUCACUAAUAAAUAUAGAAGAACUGGAUAUUAAAGAAUGCUAUGAAGAUUUAUAUAAAUAUUUAAAAAGAAAAAUAUUAGAAAAAUUGUGUAUAUUCGUAUUUAUAAAGAUAUUAGAAGAAUGCAAAAAAGAAGAGAAUAUAGAAAAUAAUGAAUUAUAUUUAGAUAGUUCCAUAAAUAAAUGGAAAAUAGAAGGAAAUUCAUAUGAAAAAUCACAGAUAUUAAAAAAUUUAAUUGAAACUAACAGUAGCGCUUCGGAAAGCAGUAAAAGCAUGGAAAUUCAUAAUUAUAUAUGGGAAGACUGUUUGAGAAAAGAUUUAGAAAAUUGGAUAAUAGAAGAUGAUACAUAUGUAAAUUUCACAUAUAAUGAAGCAAUGAAAAUAAAUCUAAUCAAAUAG